AUGGAUCAGGGGCGAAAUCAGACUGUCUCUCAGCAAACUACAACGUGCCGCUUUGCAGACAUUGCAGUCACAUACACGGCAAAUGAAUUCCAGGGUAUCUAUAGAGGCAAGAAACAGCAUGACGAGGACUUCGACCAAGUCUUGGAAAGGGCAGAAGCGAUCGGAUGUUCGAAGAUCAUGUUGACUACGAUGAAUCUCACGGGCGCUUCGCAGAAUCUCGAGGUUUGCAGGCGAUGGCCCGGGACAUGUUAUAUGACCCUGGGGAUCCAUCCCUACCAUGCUUCUGAGCUGUAUGACGGAACAAGCAGUUUGGAUGAUCUUGUCAAUAUGAGCAUGUUGCUCGCGGACCAAAACAAUGGCGUUGGACCUCUCGUCGCUUUUGGGGAAAUUGGCCUGGAUUACUUCUACUUGGAUCGAGCUGGUAAAGAGAUCCAAAGAAAGGCCUUAUUGGAGCAGUUGGAAGUCGCCACCACGUUGGACCUGCCAUUGUUUCUCCACGUUCGAGACUCUUACGACGACUUCGUCGACAUCAUCAGGCACUUUAUCUCUAGGUUGCCAAAGAGAGGUAUCGUGCAUUCAUUUGCUGGCACAAAGGAAGAGAUGUUCGGUCUCGUAGAUUUGGGAUUCGAUAUCAGUGUCAAUGGAGUGAGUUUCAGAACCGAAGCUCAGCUCGAGAUGGUGCGAGCCAUCCCACUGGACAGAUUACAACUUGAGACAGAUGCUCCGUGGUGCGAGAUCCCGGACACUGGGCCUGCCGUGGGCUGUUUAAAGGAUGCACCACCUCUGCCACCAGCUCGGAAGCCAAGCAAAUUUGUCAAGGGAGAUAUGGUAAAGGGAAGAAAUGAGAGCUGUACUAUCGAAAGAGUUGCACGGGUUGUUGCAGGCGUCAAAGGCGUUCCAUUGACAGAGGUUGUCGAUGCUGCGUGGAGAAACAGCAUCAAGAUGUUUGGACUCGGGGAGAGGAAAGAUUAG